AUGGCGCUGGCAACCAAAACAAACGUAUUUGAAAUACAUACCAAAACCUUGGUCAAGGAUAGAAUGCAUGAGAAGCUCCUCAAAUGGCUGUUUCCCCUCAACUCAUCCUGGCGCCCUGAGUGCCAAAAGAAGCGGGUUGACGGUACCAAUCUUAAAUAUCUCGACCGGUCGUCCGAGACAGCGACCUGCCGAACACUAUCUACUAUGGAGAUCCAGGAGCAGGGAAACGAUUCUCUCGUAGGAUAUAGAUCUAGGAAAACUGGAAUGAGAAGCUCACCAUGGGAACGUUCAGCCAGACUUCUCGUAACUAGCGCUCAUUUUACAGCGAUAUAUAUUUGUCUAGAUGCGAUUGAUGAACUGAAAGACAUGCGAAGGCUUUUUGGAAUGCUUGCUAAAAAAAGCUCUCCCAUGCCCUUGAGACAGUCCGCAUUUAUUUUGGAGAGGCACCUACCAUUCCACUUGCCGCCCGAACAAACUGUCCUCGAUCGUGAAGAAGCACUGAAACCGUUGCCAUCAAACCUUGAUGACGCAUUUGCAGGAACAAUGGAAAGGAUUGAGAGGCAAACAGAUUCACAGUUUAAACUGGAAGCAGAGGCAAUUGACUGA